UGACACAGUCAACAGGACUCUUUGUUUUUCCACUCAACUUUGGCCUGUAUCUUCAAAAUUAACUAAUGGAUUUGCUUUAGGAUCAUUUCAGGUGUGUAUUGUGUGUGCGAGUCUUCACAAGAGCCUCGGAUUACUUGGAUGAAGGUUCCCUUGGGAACUUGCCCAUAGUUUUAUCUUCAUUUUGACAGUUUUAUAUUUCACUUGCGGUUUCCAUUAAAGAAAUGCGGCCCCUGUUACAUGAGCAACAGAUGAUUUAGAUGCGAGCAGGGAAGCAUUCACACACAACUAAUUAGCGUUCGAAGAAAACUCAAGUGUUGUGUAGCACUCAAAGGUUUUAUAAGCAUGCAUUGUGUGAGAAUGACUCAUAUGCAUGAAUCAAGUGCCAAACCUGCUGCACCACAAUACUUAGAAGUCUAACAGUACCUCUCCAAGUAUCUUUGACAUCAAAAUGAACUAGUUGGUUUAACUCUAUUAAAGCUAUAAAACCCCUGCAGCAAAUCGUUCAGCUUUCCAGCAGUGUUUCUGUUCAAGGCCAAAUUCUGUUGAUGCUCCAGUCUUUCUCGUCUUUUGUUGUACCUCAUCAAUGACUGUGUCUGUUUCUACUUGCGCAGUAGCUCGCUGAACCUGGAGAGAGAAGAUCCAAGAUGCCUCGCUCAAAGUGUGAUGUCAUGUCCAAAGAACCAAGCUCCAACUUGGAAAGUGCCAUGCAGAUGCUUAUCAAGACAUUUCAUAAGUAUUCUGGGAAGGAAGGCGAUAAAUACACACUCAGUCGAGGAGAACUAAGGGAACUUCUGACGGAGGAGCUGGGAAAUUAUCUUGGGAGUGCUCAAGAUAAAGACGCGGUGGAACGCGUGAUGAACGACCUGGAUUCCAAUAAUGAUGGCGAGGUGGACUUCACCGAGUUCAUCAUCCUAAUGGGGGCACUGACCGUAGCCUGCAAUGAUUUCUUCCUGGACAGCCCAGCACCCAAAAAGCCUGAGAGCAAGGGCGAUGCAGCCACAACAGAGGAAAAGAAAGAAUAAUGAGCAAAUGCUGCAAGAACAGAGGGAGAAAAUGGAGAGAAGUAUUAGUAGGUUGCAUGGUUGAGAACAAGAGAGUGUGUUUCAUCCAUUUCUUUUAUCAGAACCGACAAACCUAGUUCCUGGGGGAGAUUUCUAUGCUUUUAUAAUUCAACUGAAGCUGUUAAUAUACUUUCAAAGCAAAACUAACAAACCCUGAAGGCAAAGACUCAGGGGUUUCACAGGAACACACAUCAGUUCAGUGCCAGGAGCUGGUUUGUCUAAUGCUGAACUAUUUUAUUUUAUUUUUUCUAGUUAUUAAGAAGUUCCGUCAGGAUGGGUGCCUUCUGUUUCAUGUGACCACAGACAUUAUAUACAGCUAUAUAUAGUGUUUUUGAAUGAAGCAGCAAAGUAUGUUUUGAGUGCAAUCAGUGGCUACUAAGUGUAUGUCAAAGCCUUUAUAGGGAGAAUGGGAUAGGAAGUAGUGAAUUAUGGACAGUUAUGACUGCUCAUUUUUAAUAAUUCUCAACUGUGACUUGAAAACAGAUGUUGAGGUAUUUACAUUUAUAUCUUUCACGAUGAUGUAAUUAUAAAUACCUGUUAUUGUUGACAGCACUAUUUAAUGGUUACCAUAAAUUCUGAACAGUGUUCAUAAUCUAUUAUAAUUCAGUGUUGAAGAUGUGGACUUGGUUUGUCUCUUUCUUUACAUCUAUUUUUUAGCCUAUUUUUAUUUAACAAUCAGUAUGUAUCUUCUUAAUUAUAAUAAAUGUGCAACUGA